AUGGAUCCCGACAGGACUGGGGGCCAAGGAAUGAGGAGGACCAUGUUCCCCUGGUGGAUCUUACUGCUUUUCUCCCAAGGAUUUGUAUUGCACAACGUCCGAGGGGAACUUCCGUUUAUAGCGGGGAAUAACGCCGCCAUGCUGGUGAACUGGAACGCUGUUGACGGAAACAAGAAGUUGUUCGCCAUCUAUGACACGAGCGUCAACGAGCCGGGCAACAUGUCCUUCGUGAAGGAGACGGUGGACAAACUCCUGAAGGGCUACGACAUCCGACUCCGGCCGGACUUUGGAGGGGCUCCUGUUGCAGUUGGGAUGAGCAUCGACGUGGCCAGCAUCGACAUGGUGUCAGAAGUCAACAUGGACUACACGUUGACCAUGUACUUCCAGCAGUACUGGAGGGACAAGCGUCUGGCCUACGUGGGGAUCCCUCUCAACUUGACCCUGGACAACCGAGUGGCCGACUCGCUGUGGGUUCCCGACACGUACUUCCUCAACGACAAGAAGUCCUUCGUCCACGGAGUCACGGUGAAGAACCGAAUGAUCCGCCUGCAUCCUGAUGGAACCGUUCUCUACGGCCUCAGGAUAACGACCACGGCGGCGUGCAUGAUGGAUCUCAGGAGGUAUCCCCUGGACGAGCAGAACUGCACCCUGGAGAUAGAGAGCUAUGGCUACACCACGGACGACAUCGAGUUCUACUGGAAAGGAGGCGAGACGGCUGUGACCGGGGUGACGCGAAUCGAGUUGCCUCAGUUCUCCAUCGUCGACUACAAGCUGGUGUCCAGAAACGUUGUCUUUUCCACAGGUGCCUACCCUCGACUGUCGCUGAGCUUCAAGCUGAAGAGGAACAUCGGCUACUUCAUCCUGCAGACCUACAUGCCAUCCAUCCUGAUUACCAUCCUCUCCUGGGUCUCCUUCUGGAUCAACUAUGACGCGUCGGCCGCCCGAGUGGCUCUAGGCAUCACCACGGUGCUCACCAUGACAACCAUCAACACCCACCUGAGGGAGACGCUGCCCAAGAUCCCCUACGUGAAGGCCAUCGACAUGUACCUGAUGGGCUGCUUCGUCAUGGUCUUCCUCGCCCUGCUGGAGUACGCCUUCGUCAACUACAUCUUCUUCGGGCGGGGCCCUCAGAUGCAGAAGAAGCUGGCGGAGAAGGCGGAGAAGGCCAACAACGAGCGGGCGGCCAAGUACGACGCCGCGAGGGAGGCAGGUUGUAGGACCGCGUCCCUUAAACGCUCCAAUCAGGUUAGAGGUCUUCGCCACUCGCGCUCGGCGGAGCCCCACGGCCACGGGAACGUGCUGCUCACCACGCUGGAGAUCCACAACGAGGUGGGGGCCGGCGAGAUCACCACCAGCCUGGCGGACAUUAGGAACUCUCAGUCCAUGGUGCAGCUGGACAGCACGGCCUCCACGCACAUCCAGUACCGGAAGCCGAGCAGCGGCGGCAACGGGCCGCGCUCCGGCAGCCGCGUGUCUCUGGACCGGUCCGCGGCGUUGAAGCGCAGCCGCCUGCGCAGACGGUCCUCGCAGCUGAAAAUCAAAAUCCCCGACCUGACGGAUGUAAACGCCAUCGACCGCUGGUCACGGAUCAUCUUCCCCUCCGUCUUCUCACUGUUCAACCUUGUCUACUGGCUCUACUAUGUGUGA